AUGCAUGGAGCUGAGAGAAGAAGAUCAACAUCAUCAGGAGGAGGAGGUGAUCAUCAUCAUCAGGAUAAUCAUGAUGAUGAGUAUGAUGAAGAUGGAGAGUCGACGUUUGAGGUUGAGGAUGAGGAGGAGCUUUCAACAACACCCUGGUGGUGGUGGUGGAAAAGGCGUUUCACUUUCAGCAAUACCGACUCCAGUCUUGCAACUACUGGUUCUAGAUCAUCUGCUGCAUCUUCCUUUUUCGAUCGUCUCGUCAUUCAUCCUGAUAACUGGUGGUACGUGGCGUGGACGCAUUUCAUUCUAAUAUGGGCAGUCUACUCGUCCUUCUUCACCCCCUUGGAGUUCGGCUUCUUCAGAGGUCUGCCGGAGAACCUCUUCCUGCUCGACAUCGCAGGUCAGCUCGCCUUUCUCAUCGACAUCGUCGUCCGCUUCUUCGUCGCCUACCGCGACUUCCACUCCCACCGACUUGUCUACAAUCGCAACCUCAUCGCCAUCCGCUACUUAAAGUCUCGCUUCCUCCUCGAUUUGCUGGGUUGUCUGCCUUGGGACGCCAUCUACAAGGCUUCUGGAAGAGAAGAGGGUGUGAGGUACCUGUUGUGGAUACGUCUGAGCCGAGCAUGCCGAGUGACAGAGUUUUUUGAGAAGCUGGAGAAAGAUAUAAGGAUCAACUACCUUUUCACAAGAAUUGCCAAGCUUUUUGUUGUGGAACUUUACAGCACACAUACGGCUGCCUGCUUCUUUUAUUAUCUGGCCACAACCAUGCCUCCCUCCCAGGAGGGAUACACUUGGAUUGGAAGCUUGAAGAUGGGUGACUAUAGCUAUUCCCAUUUCCGAGAGAUUGACCUCUGGAAGCGUUACAUCACCUCACUCUAUUUUGCCGUUGUUACCAUGGCCACUGUUGGAUAUGGAGAGAUACAUGCAGUGAACGUGAGGGAGAUGAUAUUCAUCAUGUUUUAUGUGUCUUUUGACAUGAUUCUUGGUGCUUAUUUGCUGGGUAACAUCGCUGCAUUGAUUGUGAAAGGAUCGAAAACAGAAAAGUUUAGGGACAAGAUGACAGAACUAAUCAAAUACAUGAACAAAAACAGGCUUGACAGGGGCAUAAGUAAGGAAAUUAAAAACCAUCUCAGGUUACAGUAUGACCGCAGCUACACCGAAGCCACUGUUCUUCAGGACAUUCCAGCCUCUAUUUGCAGCAAGAUUUCCCAGAAAUUAUAUGAGCCGUACAUCAAAGAAGUUCCUUUGUUUAAGGGAUGCUCUUUAGGCUUCAUAAAGCAGAUUGCAACCAGAAUUCACGAGGAGUUUUUCCUUCCACCAGAAGUGAUUAUAGAGCAGGGGCAAGCAGUUGAUCAACUAUAUAUAGUAUGCCAUGGUGAGCUGGAGAAGGUGGGAAGGGAUGAAGAUAAUGAAACUGAAGAGCUCCUUGAGCGUCUGCAAACCUAUAGCUCAUUUGGUGAGGUUUCCUUUCUUUGUAACACUCCCCAGCCGUAUGCUGUUCGGGUUCGUCAACUGUGCAGGGUCUUGCGACUUGAUAAACAAUCCUUUAGAGAAAUCUUGGAGAUACAUUUUUUAGAUGGGCGUAUUAUCCUAAACAACCUCAUUGAGGGAAAAGAUUUGAAUACCCGGAACAAGCUUUUGGAAUCAGAUAUCAUACUAUAUAUUGGAAAUCAUGAAAUGGAGUUAAUUAUGAAAGUAAAUUGUGCUGCUUAUGAUGGAGAUUACUAUCGAGUAAAGCGUUUGAUUGGAGCAGGAGCAGAUCCAAACAAGAUGGAUUAUGAUGGAAGGUCGCCUUUGCUUGUUGCAGCAUCAAAAGGGUAUGAAGAUAUCACUUGUUUCCUUAUUGAUCAAGGAGCAGACGCUGAGAUUUCAGAUAAAUUUGGGAACACUCCUUUGCUUGAAGCCAUUAAACAUGGGCACGAUCAAGUAGCUUCUUUACUCGUUAAGGCAGGGGCGUCGCUUACUAUUGAUGAUGCUGGUGAUUUUCUCUGUAUUACAGUAGCAAGGAGGAAUUUGGACCUUCUGAAAAGGCUCUUAGCCAAUGACAUUAACCCAAAUGCAAAAAAUUAUGAUCAGCGAACAGCGCUUCAUGUAGCUGCUUCAGAAGGAUUAUAUCCAAUGGCAGAGUUCCUUUUAGAAGCAGGAGCAAGUGUUCUAUCAAAAGACAGAUGGGGAAGCACUCCACUUGAUGAAGCCCGUAUUGGUGGAAAUAAGAAACUAAUCAAACUGCUUGAAGUUGCUAGAGCUUCGCAGUUGUCAGAGUUCUCUGAUCAAUAUCAUCAAGAAACUACCCAAGCAUGUCUAUGA